AUGGACCUGCAGACGGCCGUGUUCCAGGCGGCGCGCGACGGCAAGCGGCGGCUGCUCGGGCAGCUGCUGGGCCGGCGCUCGCGGGCCGAGGUGGCGGCGCUGACGGGCGCGCGGACGCAGGGCGCCACGCCGCUGCUGGCGGCCGCGCGGCACGGGCACCUGGCGGCCGUGGAGCUGCUGCUGGAGCGCGGCGCGGCCGUGGAGGCGGGCGGCGCCGUGCGCUUCGACGGCGAGACCAUCGAGGGCGCGCCGCCGCUCUGGGCCGCCGCGGCCGCCGGCCACCUGCGCGUGGUGCGCGCGCUGCUGGCGCACGGCGCGGCCGUCAACAGCACGACGCUCACCAACUCCACGCCGCUGCGCGCCGCCUGCUUCGACGGCCACCUGGACGUGGUGCGCUGCCUGGUGGAGCACCGCGCCGACCUCGAGGUGUCCAACCGCCACGGCCACACCUGCCUCAUGAUCGCCUGCUACAAGGGCCACAAGGACAUCGCGCGCUUCCUGCUCGAGCGCGGCGCCGACGUCAACCGCAAGAGCGUCAAGGGUAAUACUGCAUUGCAUGAUUGUGCAGAAUCUGGAAGUUUGGACAUCAUGAAGAUGCUUCUUAUGUAUUGUGCCAAGAUGGAAAAGGAUGGUUAUGGAAUGACACCCCUUCUUUCAGCAAGUGUGACUGGUCACACAAAUAUUGUGGAUUUUCUGACUCACCAUGCACAAACCAGCAAGACUGAACGGAUCAAUGCUUUAGAGCUUCUGGGAGCAACAUUUGUAGACAAAAAAAGAGAUCUGCUGGGGGCUUUAAAAUAUUGGAAAAAGGCAAUGAAUAUGAGGUACAGUGAUAGGACUAAUGUAAUUAGCAAACCAGUUCCACAGACACUAAUAAUGGCUUAUGAUUAUGCCAAGGAGGUAAACAGUGCCGAAGAGCUAGAAGGUCUUAUUGCUGAUCCCGAUGAGAUGAGAAUGCAGGCACUAUUAAUUAGAGAACGUAUUCUUGGUCCUUCUCAUCCCGAUACCUCGUACUAUAUUAGAUAUAGAGGCGCUGUCUAUGCAGACUCUGGAAAUUUCAAACGAUGCAUCAACCUGUGGAAAUACGCUUUGGAAAUGCAGCAAAACAAUUUGGACCCUCUAAGCCCAAUGACUGCCAGCAGCUUAUUAUCUUUUGCAGAACUGUUUUCUUUUAUGCUACAGGAUAGGGCUAAAGGCCUGCUGGGUACCACUGUUACAUUUGAUGAUCUUAUGGGCAUCCUGUGCAAAAGUGUCCUUGAAAUAGAACGAGCUAUCAAGCAAACCCAGUGUCCGGCUGACCCAUUACAGUUGAAUAAGGCACUUUCCAUCAUUUUGCACUUAAUAUGUUUGUUAGAAAAAAUACCUUGUACUCUAGAUCAGGACCACUUCAAAAAACAGACUAUCUACAGGUUUCUUAAGCUGCAUCCGAGGGGCAAAAACGACUUCAGCCCUCUCCAUCUGGCUGUGGACAAGAAUACUACCUGUGUUGGGAGGUACCCUGUUUGUAAAUUUCCGUCUCUGCAAGUGACUGCGAUACUGAUCGAGUGCGGUGCUGAUGUGAAUGUCAGAGACUCGGAUGACAACAGUCCCCUACAUAUCGCUGCUCUCAACAACCAUCCAGACAUCAUGAAUCUCCUUAUUAAGUCAGGUGCACACUUUGAUGCCACAAACUUGCACAAGCAAACUGCUAGUGACUUGCUGGAUGAGAAGGAAAUAGCUAAAAAUCUGAUCCAGCCCAUCAAUCAUACCACAUUGCAGUGUCUCGCUGCUCGAGUCAUAGUGAAUCAUAGGAUUUAUUACAAAGGGCAUAUCCCAGAAAAGCUAGAGACCUUUGUUUCACUUCAUAGAUGAUAAUUUGACUGUGUUUUAGCACUGUUAAAGCACGAAUUCGUAACAGUUGUUUCAUGAAUGAGCACUGUUGUGAUAACACCAGCAUUCAUUGAGCUUGACAUCAUUGUGCUCUCAUUGGCUUUCUAGCAUUCUAAGCAUAAAAUUGACAGGAUUGGUUUCCCAGUAUUUAAUAUAAAUGUACCAUAUAUUAUAUUGUUUGUAAAUUACUAAGAAAUGUAAUGUCAUUCAAAUUUCUAAAAUGGUCUGCCAAAGGCUUACCCAUUCUGGUUGUUUGCUCUUGGGUGUUGGGGACAGUUACUAAUUUUUCAGCAGUGUCUUUAUACUUCACUGGUUUGUGGAUUUUAUACAAAAGGAAGGUUUCAUUCUGCUUUUCAGUUCUCUUUAGGCUUCUCUCCCUGUUUCGGCUUUCCUCCUACCCUUUUCUACUUAAAAUAACCUUUUCCCCCUUUUGACCCAUGCUAGAUGAUACAAACUCUAUGGACUUGUAACCAUUUGCAGUUACCAUAAGUGCUUUAUCUUCUCUAUGCACAGGCUUAAACUUGACUGUUGUAUGUUAGCGUAUUUUCUAUGCAGCAGAUGGUCAACUUCAACCCAAAACACUGUUGAGUUGUUACUAAGUUCAUUUUAUAAAAGUACUCUUUUUGUAGCAUGAGAGACUUUUCAGAGAGCUAUGUGAGUCAACUAGUGACCUGAGCUCAGCCUUUUUUGGUUUUUCCUCACAUCUGAGGUUUCUCUCUCUGAUCCACCAAAAUUAAUUGUGUGCUAAAUUUGGGUAACAAAUCUAGCUCAUUAACCCAGUUGAAAUUUAGGUCUGUCAUUUUAAUAAUAUCAUGCAGUAAGAGGAAGCAUUGUGAUAAAGUGACCCAGCUUUCAUACUGCAUCAGCAUUGUCCUGCUUGUGCUGAUGAGUGAUUUGGUGUUGAGCAUCCUCUUCAAUUUAACCUCAGAGUUUAUCACACAGCUUAGUGAGUCACAUGGAAAUAUUCAGUAAUUGGAAUGCAAAUCACUUUUUGUUACAAAGAAAGAGCUGAAGCAUGUCAGUGGCAUGAUGCUUGCCAAGCCAGAUCUAGGCCUCUAGGAUAAUUAAAGCAUUUUAGUACGCAAUUUACUACCUUAAUAUCAAAGGUCAGUAACGGUGUUCUUUCUUUCUUCAAGCUUUACCUUUAAAAAUAACUUGCAUGAAUUACUUUGCUCUCAGUUAUUUGUCACUAUCGUUAACAUAAAAGGUUGCAGUGCUUCUAUUCCUUUACUAAAAUUUAACUUCUUUUUCCUUUUUUCAUUUAAAAAUAAAAAAAAAAUCGCUUUGCUAAUGCCACAGAAAGGGCUCUUUUAACUUAAAAGCUAAGUGAAAAGUACUAAAAAAGAUUCAGGUAAUUCUCAUUCAGCACUUUAUUGUUAUUCAGAAUAAAAUUUAUGAUGGCAUGUUUGCCCUGCAAAUGUCUUAAUGAAAUUGUUCUGAAUAAAAGCUCCUUAUUGAUUUGAGAAAAACUCAAGUUUACCUUGUAAGUUUAAUUAGCUGUAUUACUUGGAUUUUCGAGUCAGCUUUUAUUUUGAGGGUUGAUGAAGUAUUAUUUAGGAGUAGUCAUAGCACUCAGGCUUAUCUUCAACUUUGUUCAGAAAAAACUAACAAUGACAUGUAAAAGUAAAAUUAGACUUUCUGCUUAAAUACUGCAGUUUAAUAGUUCUCUUGCUCAUUUUAUUAGGUUGUAAAUUUAAUCUCACCGUGAAAAAGGCAAGUUGGAUAUAAAACAUUUGUUUUCCAACUUUUGAUGAAAUUUUAAUCUUAUUUACCAGGCGAAAUUUCUUACAUUAUAUAAAAAAAAAUAACUUGAUUUAGAUAACUACUUAAAAGUAGCAGCUGUCAAAAUUUUGCCUCUAACUUGUGGAAUGAAUGAAAGUUACUUUAAAGUAAAAAUAACAUGAGUUAUUUUAAAGUUAAAAAAAAAAAAGAUAAGAAAGAAUGUUUGACAAGUAUAGUAAAUUAGUUGACCAGUGUUUUUUGGGUAAAAGAUGAAUUAUUGGAUUUCUUAUAUGAUAAACGAUUUUUCCCCUUUAUUAGGAGAGGGGAAGGAACGGAAGGUUUUACAUACUGUUCUAAAACAAGGUACAUAUAUUAUUACAGAUGAAGUUGAAUUGAGCAUCUCUAGUAUAAAUAAUUUUUUUACAAAGCGUUUUCAUUUAUGGAAAGUAGGUAACAUAGGACUGUUUCAUGAGCUUGAUAAUGAAAAUGCUUCACUUUGAUUAGGAUACAUUUCCUUGCUACUUGCUAUCUCCUCGGAUUAUUGUACACUCUUGAAAAAACUCUAAUAACUGAAUUAUCCCACGGCUAUAUAUAGCUUGAGACACUUGGUUAUUAAAAAACCGCAGACAUUUGUUCAGGCCUUGAUUAGAAAGUAUUCUCAAAUUUGUCAUAUGACUGUAUCAAACAUUUAAAUUUAUGGGGCUUUUUCUUAACUACUGUAAGCAACUUAGUGUUUAAUGAACAAUUUGGACUCAGUUGAGUCAAACCUACGUAACCCAUAGCAUGGUGAUGUUGGAAUUAAUGUGUAAGUUUGAAUAACAUUUCUACCCAAAAACCACUUAUAACUUGCUGAAUAUUAGGUGUUCCACUGUGUAUUUCUAUAAAAGAGAUGGACAUUUGAAUCAUUAGAUACCAAUCUAUAAAGACAAGUGGACUAUAGACGUUAAAAAUCAUCACUUUACUAUCCAGUAAUCUGACAGGGGUAUAAGCUCAUAGGUUGUCCAUUAAUUUUUAGCAGUUAAGUGAUUGCUCACAACAGAACAACCAUCAUGUACAAUAUUGUAGAGAAUCUCAUCUUCUGUGACUUGGGGAGAUUGUUUAUAUUUGAAAAAAACUUAAAUGAUACUACUCAGGAGAAAUGUUAGGGUGAAUUGGGCAGGUAAUCCUUAUAGUUCUAAAUGGCUUUUUUUUCAGGAUGUGAGCUGGACGAGAUAGUAACCAUAUUAUAGCUAUAACCAGGAGCAUUAUUAUUUGAAAUUUGAACUGUUUUAGGAAGCUAAAUUAAUUGGUCAUCAUACCCUCCUCCCACAUAUCAGUGAAUAACUAAUUUCUCCCUUUUGUCAGUUCCCAUUGCGUGUCUUUCAAAAGAAGUCCUGUAUUCAGAUGCUGGCCGAUAAAUUGUCACACACUGGAAAAUGAUAUGCCACAGCAUUCAUUGUAAAGUUUAAUAAAAUUCAAUUUGCAUCAAAUAUAA